UUUGACGUAUUUUAUUUCUCUUGAUCUGAUUUGUCGUAUUAUAUUGAUUAAUCUAAAUAAAAAUACCAAGUAGUUUUUCAAAAUCGAAAAUUACAAUUAGUACGAGAGAGAGUUUGAAUUAGUCACGUCUAGAGUUUUAAAGGAAAAAAAAUAUUGGGGUAAAAGUCAAAUUCAAAGUCGGAUUUCCUUCAGGGUUGGAGUGUCGGAUUUAAAAUAAGGUCCAACUACGAUCCGUUUCUAACUCGGACUCGGAUCGUAAAGUCGGAGUCGGAUAACUUUUCCUCGAACUCGAAUCGGCUUAUUUUUUUCGGAUCGAGUUGAACUAGGGUCGAAUUCUCUGUAUUAACAAAAUCAAUUAUAAUAUGUCAUGAUUAAUACGACAAUAAUUAAAGGUCUCUUUGGAUAAAAGUAAAAUAAUAAACCAAAGUGAAUAAAAACUUGUUUAUAGCCGUUAACAGCUGGACUACAUGUGGUCUGCCCAUAAACGCAGCUCCUUGGUCUCCUCCAAUUAGCCCUUGGAAAAGUAGAGUAAUGGAUUCUGAAGAGUUUAGAAAUGCAUUGAAGGAGUUUAUUAGUACUCCUGAAACUGGUUGUCCAUGGCUUCAUCCGUUUUUAUCUCCUCCCACUGCUUCUUCUGUUGCCUUUGCUUGGCCUUCACCUCGCCUUCAUCAGCCUCCAGGAAAAGAUGAAAACUUGGAAAAUAUUAAUCAUCUCUUCAAUUUAUUUGACAUGAAGGGAGAUGGUCUGAUGAACAUCAACGACUUUAAUGUAUGUAUGUUGAUAUGGGGAGUUCAGAAUGCUGAAUUCGACACACAUGGAAAGAAGGCACUUAAUUUAUCUGAAUUCAUCAAUAUAUUAAGUUCGUUUUCAUUCAAGGUUGGAGAGCCGUUGUGUGAUAUUGCUCUUUAUCGGUUAUUUAAUCAUCAUCCUCGCAAAGAAGCUCUUCAGCAAGCUCACACACACAUGCUCCUCGCUGAAUUUCGAAAAAAUCAUUGGGAAAAAGUGAAGAAGUUAAUUAAUGAGAAGAAAGUGAAGGAUUAUUGGAUGGUUUUUAGCUUAUUUGACAUGAAUGGUGAUGGGCGUCUAACAACGUGUGAUUUUGAAACAUUGAUGCUUAUUUGGGGAUUGUCCCCAAUUGAUGCUGCUGACAUGCUCGACAAGUUUGAUGAAUUAGAAAAUGGAACAAUUGAUUUUUCGGGUUUUUUGACGUUGGUAGACUUGUUAGACAUACAAAUUGGGGAACCACUAUACCAUUUUGCCAUUUUCACUUUGAUCGACUAUCAUCUACAAGUUGCUUUUAUGCCAGAGGCUGAACUAUUAAACUUUUCGGCAAUAAUUCGUAGAAACUUUUGCGGAAGAGAAGAAUGUUUGUUAAUGGAGUACAAUUUAAGAAGUAGCAAGUUUCUUUUCAGCCUUGUUGAUAUGGAUUAUGAUGGAAUUAUCACAGAAACUGAUUAUUAUGUGUUAAAGGAGAUAUGGGCGUUACAUGAUUCCCCAUUAGAUGCUCAGGAGGAGUUCAUUGAUUUUGAGAGCUUUCUUCAGGUAUUUCCUUCAAUUAACCUAUAUGCAGUGGAUAGCCGCAAAGAAGCAUUGAAUUUGCUUGGCUUUCAUGCACGUAACGGAUUACUGCCUCCCAAAGCCAUCUCCCAUGUACGCGAGGUCCUUCAAGAAAAACGUUCUAAAGAAGCCGAGGAGGAAGGCCUUAAGCAUCAUAUACGUUUAACUUUUGAGAUGAACCGCCUAUUUAGCUUACUUGAUUAUGACGAGAAUGACCACCUUAGUACUAAGGAAGUAGAAUUACUUGUAUGUGCUUGCAAGCUCCCUGAAGAUGAAAUAAAGGGUAUUUUACAUAAAGUUGAUUUAACUUGGGGUGGGAGAAUCAAUUUUCAAGGUCUUCUUGUCUUGUUAAAGCCCUUUACCCUUAACCCAUUUAAGAUCAUUGAGAGCCCAUCUGAACUCUUUAAGUUUCUGGAUAGAAACGAAGAUGGUUUCUUAUCUGUAUCGGAUUUUAAGAGGUUUGCUUUGAUCACUGGACAUCAAGUUGCAGACGAAGACAUUCAAGGAUUGAUGCUUAAACUUGAUAUAGAGGGCAAUGGAGAAGUUGGCAGAGAUCAUUUUUGUGGCGCCAUGCAGGAAUAUGAUUUGAUGCCCAACAACUUGGAGCUGAAUAUGAACAAAAUGUCCAUCUUAAACCAUGAUACUACAAAGGAAGUUGCAGAUUAUCAGACAGAAGAAAUUGAGUUUACAAGCUUUUGGGAAUUGGAUGCAAAUGUAGAAGAGGUUCAUAAUUAUAAUUCUACAGAGUUAAAGUGGAUGUCAUUCGUUCUGAAGAUGAAGACAUAACUUAUAAGGCUGAUUCUCAAUAAUUUAUCUUAAAAACAUAAUAACUAAAGUUUCGUUUGUUAUUGGUCUUUAUUUUUCAAUUUAUAGUUUUUUGAAAAAUAAAAACAAAAUUAGAAACCAGAAAAAGUGAUUUUUACUUUUUAGUUAAAUUUUGAAAUUAUCAUUUUCCUAAUAAAUUUGAAUAAUGUCGAUUAA